UAUAAGUAAAUAGAUGCAGGGUACUGAUUCAGUAAUGUAUCUCAGUCGCAUUAUUAUUAGAUCAAUGGUCACAACUUAUGGCCAUUGGGAUUUCCUCGUGGGUAUGCUUGAAAAGCCCGUCGAUAUUCAGUAACACGCGACGGCGUAGGGCGGUCAUACAGGGUAUAAAAGAGCGCUGAAAAAUGUCUGAAAACCAGUUUAACCCACAUCUCCACGACAAUGGGACUCACUAGGCCAAACGGCUCAGAAACCAAAGACGCGUGCAUCAGGCCGACGCCAGAAGACGAGGCGAGAGCUUUCCGGGAGGCGUUUGCCAUAACUACCCGACAUAAAGCUCGCGACAAUGUUAUGGGUGCUCUUACCAUCCUUAACAACUAUGUUGUCUUUGCUGCCUGUGUCUGGAUGUGCGAAUACGUCGCGUCGCACUAUUCCAAUGUGCGUUUGUGGUGGGCGACUUACAUUCCUGCGAUCAUCGUCAUUUCUUCCCGUAUGCGUGCGAUGGAGCACCUCGUUCACGAGGCAUCGCACAACAACAUCUUCACUAAUCCCCGCGCCCACGAGUACACUGAAUUCCUUUACGCCUUCCCCGUCUUCCGCUUGCUCAAAGUCUUCCGCACCCUACACUUAGAGCACCACAAAUACCUCGGUGACCCUGUCCGCGAUGCAGACGUCGUACGGCUCCAGUACCUUGGGUUUAUCGGCGACGAACGCCUGAGUGCGGCUCGCUUCUCCUGGCUCAUAUUUGGCCUCCCGUUCUCGGGAUGGCUACACUAUGAGUAUGUCGUCACUCUCUUCACAGAAUUCUGGACGAGCCCCGCUUCAUACCCGUGGAAAGUCAUCUACUGGGUCACCGUCCUGACAGCGGUGCACCUUUCCAACAAGUGGUCCGGUUUCGCGUUGUACUACGUCGUCCCAUGGUUUGGGGUGCUCACCAUAACACGUUAUUGGGCCGAGGUGGGAGAACACCUCGGCAUGGAUAUGACGGGAAACUUCGGUAAUUCACGCACCAACGAUGGUUUUCUACAGCGGUGGUGGAUCCAUCCUCUCAACGACGGUCUCCAUGCAGCUCAUCAUUUGAACAGCCAAGUGCCGUUUCAUAAAUUGAGGCGUGCACAUAAAGAGUUGAUGAGGGAGGUUCCGGCUUACAGGGAGAAAAACACGAUGUCCAAUGGUAUCACCGAGACAUUUUGGCAGAUAUACGAAUGCCCGACCGUCAUCAAGGCUGUGGCAGAACAAGGGCAAGCAGAGUGGCAGAGCGGCCAAGUAUGGGCAAAGCGGUAAUAACAUACAGAUAGUUAGACUUCGCUGGGUAGGAGUAGGCCUUAAAAAGCAUGAAUGACUGAAUAAUCAUAAUUCUUAUCUUCUCAUCGUACCGUCCAUGAUUCGAUCUCCACAACCGUGAGUAGCGUACUUUGAAAUGAUUAGAAAGAGCUCGUAGUGCGCCUUACCGAACUGGAGUUGC